CUAUACGCGUGCUUGAGGUCGAACCAAUUAUUCGGCGAUCCAAUGGGUCCGCCAUUUUAAACCUGGCGAGCGCAAACAGCAGAGCUCCCAGACGCCAAUCUCAAUCUCCAGAAGACGAGCUACGAAUCGAAUCAAACACUUAGGAAGCUUCUCCCUUUUCCACUGAACGGUUGGAUAGACGAUGGAAUACUCGGAACCUGUGACAGCAGAGAUGGAGACAGCACAGGUUAAUGCUGUCGCCGCGGCCGCCGGUCCUAGGAAACCUAGGAUUCUACUAGCGGCAAGUGGGAGUGUAGCUGCUAUUAAAUUUGGGAAUCUUUGUCAUUGUUUUUCUGAAUGGGCUGAAGUGAAAGCGGUUGCUACUAGGGCUUCUUUGCAUUUCAUUGAUAGAGCUGCAUUGCCUAAGGAUGUUGUGCUCUACACUGACGAGGAUGAAUGGUCGAGUUGGAAUAAGAUAGGAGAUACUGUGCUUCAUAUUGAGUUAAGACGGUGGGCUGAUAUCAUGGUUAUUGCUCCUUUAUCUGCUAAUACGCUUGGCAAGAUUGCUGGGGGGUUGUGUGACAAUCUGCUGACCUGCAUUGUCCGAGCAUGGGAUUACAGCAAGCCACUUUUUGUUGCGCCGGCUAUGAACACUUUCAUGUGGAGCAACCCUUUCACAGAACGGCAUCUCAUGUCAAUUGAUGAGCUUGGAAUUUCCUUGAUCCCACCUGUUUCAAAGAGGCUGGCAUGUGGAGAUUAUGGGAAUGGUGCAAUGGCUGAACCUUCUCUAAUCUACUCAACUGUAAGACUAUUCUUGGAGUCACGGAGUCAAGCCGGUGAUAGAAGAGUUGGUUAAUUACUAUGCAUCAUUUCAUCUCUAGUGAGUCCAUUGUUGUCUUUAUGCAUGUAAUUGGUUUCAAGCAUUUUUUAUGCCUAGAAAUAGCUGUUAAGAGCUCAAGUGAUUUUUCACUGAUUAGAGUGCACUAAUUCCAGAUGAUGCUUGAGAGCUUAUGUGAAUGGUCACUGAUUGGAGUACUAAUUCCAUUUUCCAAA